AUGGAGUGGAUGGGAAACAGAGGAAAAGUAAGCCAUGAGGAACGUGUGCAUGUGGGGUUUCAACCACGAAGCAAGGCCAAGGGACAGAUACGGAACCUUAGGGGGUUGAACCUGCAUCUUGCAAGUAAGGAAGUGGGGCCUACAGGUCCUUCAGGGCCAGGGCCUGGGGUUCGUGCUCGAGACGUUUCUUCGCUUCGACGCUCUCUCAGGAUGGGCUUCAUGACCAUGCCUGCUUCCCAGGAGCAUGCCCCUCACCCCUGCCGUAGUGCCAUGGCUCCCCGCUCCCUCUCCUGCCAUUCAGUGGGGAGCAUGGAGAGUAGUGGGGGCACUGGCGGUGGGGGUGGUGGUGGUGGAGUUGGGGGAGAUGUUGGAGCCCGGAGGCCACCUGUGAAGCCCCGGAGACACCCCAGCACCAAACUCAGCAUGGCUGCAAGUGGGGCUGAGGCACUUCCCAGCAAGAAAACAGGUUCUCAGAAACCAGCUCCUGAAGGUCGUGAGUCCAGCCGGAAAAUCCCUCCCCAGAAGCCAAAGCGAAGUCCCAACACCCAGCUCUCAGUCUCCUUUGAUGAGUCCUGCUCGAUGACUCCCACUUCUCGGGUUGGGGUCCUGCCUCUGCAUCGAUACAGCCGGGGAGGCAGGGUGCUAGGUGAACAUGAUUUGAGCUCCCAGGAUGAAGAACCUGUCUACAUCGAAAUGGUGGGAGAUGUCUUCCAGGGUGGUGGAGGAAGUGGUGGUAGAAGUAGUGGGGGCCCAGCAGGUGCCUCUGUUGGAGGAGGGGGCACAGGCCCCCCAGCAGGCCCAGACUCUGACUCUGAGGAGAGUGAGGCCAUAUAUGAAGAAAUGAAAUACCCGCUCCCUGAAGAGGUAGCAGAGGGCCGGGCCAAUGGAGUGCCCCCACCAGCUGCUGUCUCUCCAAUGCAUCACCCUCAUUCUCAUCACUCCCAUCGUCGUCCAGCUUCUGCCCUCCAGAGCAGGCAGAACGGGGCUCCUACUAAGACUUCCCCUUGUGAAAUCCCACCACCUUUCCCCAACCUUCUCCAGCACCGUCCCCCACUUCUUGCCUUCCCCCAAGCCAAGCCUGCUACCCGGACCCCUGGGGAUGGGGUCUCUAGAUUGCCAGUCCUCUGUCACACCAAGGAACCGGCUAUCCCUGCCCCAGCUCUCCAAGUGCCUGGACGGGAUCAAGAGACACCUCCACCUCCGCCUCCUGCUGCCAAUUUGCUGCUACUCGGGCCCUCUGGUCGGGCCAGGAGCCAUUCAACACCACUGCCCCCUCAGGGUUCUGGACAGCCCCGGGGGGAGAAGGAGAGAGAGAUCCCCAAUUCCCAUAGUAUGAUCUGUACCAAGGCAGGAGGAGCACCGACAUCUUCCCCUGCCCCAGCCAUGUUACUCCCAGGACCCCCCAAGGACAAAGCUGUGUCAUAUACCAUGGUAUACUCAGCGGUCAAGGUGACCACACACUCUGUCCUACCCACUGGCCCACCUCUUGGGGGCGGGGAGCCGAAGACAGAGAAGGAAAUCUCAGUCCUUCAUGGGAUGCUCUGUGCUAGUUCCAGGCCAGUGCCUCCUGGGAAAGCCACCCCUCCCAGUGGGCCUGGAGUGCUUCACCACAGGAGCUGCCUAGCUUCUCCCCACAGCCUUCCCGACCCUACGACUAGCCCCCUUUGCCCCCUCUGGACUUAUCCGGCCACGGCUGGGCUCAAGAGACCCCCAGCCUAUGAGAGCCUGAAGGCAGGGGGUUUGCUCUCUAAGGCCUGCGGGGUUGGGGCUCCUGCUCCCAUGGUCAAGAUCCAACUGCAGGACCAGGGCACCAGUGGAGGUGCAUUUGCUAGCAUCUCCUGUGCCCAUGUCAUUGCCAGUUCAGGGACACCAGAGGAGGAAGAGCAGGAGGAGGAGGAGGUGGGAACAACGACAUUUGGGGCGGGCUGGGCCCUGCAGAGAAAAGUCCUCUACAGAGGGAGGAAAGCAAAGGAACUGGAGAAGGCCGUGGAAGGUGUCCGGACCUGGAAUGGUAGUACAGAAGGUCCAGGUAAGGCAGAGAGGGAGGAGAAAGGACUCCUCCCAUCAGGCAUCCCUGUGCGAAGCCAGGGGGCAGAGGGCCUGCUGGCCAGGGCCCAUCACAGUGGGGACCAAGCCGGAGGAGGAGGAGGAGGAAGCCGAACAGGACUAAACAUGCCCUGCCAAACCUUCCCUGCCUGCCACCGUAAUGGAGACUUCACUGGAGGCUACCGCCUAGGACGCUCAGCCUCUACCUCUGGAGUUCGCCAUGCUGCUGUCCAUACCCCACGACCCUGUAGCCAGCCCAGGGAAACCCUCAGCCAGACCCAUCCUGCCCUGCUCCUGCCUCUUCCCCCACAGCCAGCCCCAGAGAGGGAUGGCAAAUUGCUGGAGGUAAUCGAGAGAAAACGAUGCGUCUGCAAGGAGAUUAAGGCAAGGCACCGGCCGGACCGGGGGCUCUGCAAGCAGGAGAGCAUGCCCAUCCUCCCCAGUUGGAGACGGGGGCCAGAACCCCGAAAAACCGGCACCCCUCCAUGCCGUCGGCAGCAAACAGUCUUAUGGGAUACUGCUAUCUGAAAGGGAAAGGAGCUGGGGGGCAGAUCCAGAGGAGGACCAAAGGGUAAACCAAUGCCCAGCCUCCCCCUGGGA